AUGGAAGAAAAAUAGUCUGAAGUUUUACUUUAAACUAAAUAUAAUAAUUUAUUGGAAGAAAUUAAAUAAAAAGAUAAAAUUAUAAAUGAAAAAAAUAAUUAUAUUAAAAUCUUAGAAUAAGAUAAGGUAUAUAAAAAAUUUCUUAAGAAAAAAAAUUAUUUUAUUAAUAUAUAUAUAUAUAUACAUAUAACCUUCUUAUAUUUAAUUUUUUAAUAUAUUUUUUUUAAAAUUAAAAAGGAAUUAUUAUAAAAAUAGUUUGUUUCUAAUUAAUAAUCACUUAGUGUAUGUUUUAACAAAAAUUAAAUAAAUAAAUAAAUAAUUAUAUAUAUAAUAUAAAAGGCAUAUAAAUAAAAAGUAUAGAAAAUAAUAGGUUAAUAACUUCUGAAUGUAGAAAAACUAAGAAGAGAAGAGUUAAAAACAAAUAUUUCAAUAUAAAAAUAAAGAUUAGGAGAAUAUAUUUAAGUAAGAGAAUGUACAAAAUUCGACGAGUCAUGGCAAGAUGGGUCUGAUUUUUAAAAAAUAAAUGAAAGAUUAGCAUAAAUAGAAUAAUCAAAAGAAGAACUUGAGAAAUGCAAAAAGGCUUUAAAAAUAAAUAAAAAAUAAUAAACGGAAUAUGAUCUUUCAUAAAUCGAAUAAAAAUAAAGAAUUAAUUUAUAACUUUAGUGUUUAACAAAAGUAUUAUAUAUAUAUAUUAUUUAUAUUUUUAUUUUUUUUAUAAAAAGGAAGAAUAAGAUUUACGUGAAGAUCUUUAACUUCUUGAACAUUAAAAAAUAUUAUUUAUAUAAAAAUAAAAAAGAUUUUAUGAAGAAUAAAAGUAAUAAAAUAAAAAAAUAAGAAAAUAUAAUAAAAAUUAGUUCUCGAUAUGGAAAAUUAUGGCCUUGCUUAGGUGAGAGGUAUUAAUUACUUUCUUUAUUAGGAAGAGGGGGUUUUUCUGAAGUAUAUAAAGCUUAUGAUUUAAUAGAAUUACGAGAAGUAGCAUGCAAAAUACACUAAUUAAAUUUAAAUUGGUCUGAAAGAUCUAAAGCUAAUUACAUAAAGCAUGCUGUUAGGGAAAGUAAAAUCCAUUCUGAGUUAAAACAUCCUAAUAUAGUUUAACUUUACGAUACAGUAGAAAUCGAUGAGAAUUCAUUUGCGACAGUUUUAGAAUUCUGUGAAGGACCUGAUCUAUAUUUUUAUUUAAAAAAAUACAGAGUAAUAGCAGAAAAAGAGGCAAAGUUAUUAAUAAAAUAAAUACUAAAUGCAUUAAAAUAUAUGUCUAGUUAAAAAAUGAGAAUUAUUCAUUAUGAUUUAAAACCUUAGAAUAUUAUCUUUCAUAAAGGAGAACUUAAAAUUACUGAUUUUGGUUUAUGUAAAAUUAUUGAAGAUGAAUAAACUAAAAUGGAAUUAACUAGUUAGGGAGUCGGAACUUAUUGGUAUUUACCCCCAGAGACUUUCGAAUUUGAAAAUAAUCCGUAGAUUUCAUAAAAAGUUGAUAUUUGGAGUGUCGGAGUUAUUUUCUUUGAAAUGAUUUUUGGAUAAAGACCUUUCGGGAAUAAUAUGAGUUAGGAUAAAAUUUUAAAAGAUAAUAUCAUAUUAAAAUCUACUUAAGUUAUUUUUCCUUAAAAACCUAGUGUUAGUAAUGAAUGUAAAGAUUUUAUUAAAAGCUGUCUUACUUAUGAUUAGAAUAAUAGAUGGGAUAUUUAACAAGCGAUUAAUAGUUCGUAUUUAAAUAAAAAAUGA